CUGACAUCCGCCAAGCGUUGUCGUCCCAGCGCGGCUCUUUCAAUAAAUUGCACGUUUCAUACAUGUAGCUUGCAGCUUGAUCGCUUUCAAUUGCGAAGCUUUGUUUCCGAACCCUCGCAACUGGCCGUGGCUGCUCCUGUUGCCUUAGAGAAUAACUUCCACUCUGAAGAUACAGAAAUUACGAGCCCGGUGCCGAACUCUAACACCUAACCUGCAAUACCAACUAGCACACUUAGCGGUCGUUGUCGUAGGCAGGUUCUGGCGAUACGACAGGCACACUUUUGUAAUAAUCACAGCGACGUUCGAAAUUAAGACACUACGUCGUGUUGGGUGCUCAACUUGCGCGAUAGCUAGCUGAGCUAGGGCGGCAGUAACUGCGCGAAAAAGAAAAGAAAAGAAAAAGAAAUAGCACUGCUGACAGUAUCUCUAUGAUCGUUGCUUGAAUGCUGCAGGCGUGCCAGGUGCCAGAGACGGACCUCAACGUCGAGAAGACAGCCUUCGGCCUUGUAUCCACGGCGCAGUCCCAGCUACUAAAGAAGGAUAGGCUGUUGGCGUUUGACACGCUCAAGCACCUUAUUGACAAGGCCACGAACAUCAUGCAGAAACCCGACGUACGGACCAACUUCACGUGGUUGUUGCUCAACGCUGACCUUACGGACUUAACGAGGCGCUGCCUCCGAGAACCCUUCGAGCGCGUAAAGGGAUUCAGAGACUUUUACUACCGGCGAGCACAGAUGCCGAAGGGUUAGCCACAUACCCUGCUGCUGUGUGGUAAUUGCCCAACGACGUACAGGUGUCGCACUGUUUUGCGAGCCGUGCUGUAACGUGUCUAUGGGCAGGAUUUUUCGUUAGCCCUACUUGACCAGGUAGAAAAAAUCCUAUAUUUUUAUUCAGCGUAUGUUCCUCUAUUCGGUACUGAAUGCGAUAAACAC